AGCCCAGAGUAAGGACUUGCUGGGGGCUGGGAGGCCUGCUAGCCCGGCACCCCUGCCUGCCAUAUGCCUGGUAAAUCUAAAUAAAAGACCUGCAAAAGCCACUAAGGACUCUGACUCCUCCUUUACCCGGUCUGCUGGAUCAGAAAACCUGCUCAGUGGCCAUUCCUGCCGCUACACUAUUGCAGAACUUUGUCCUUUCGAAGAGUCCACUUGUAGGAUAACAACAACAAAAAAAAUGUUCCACAUUUUCUGACCCUUCUCCAGAUAGAUCGCUCUGGUGACCCAAAUAUUAUUGAGUCUUUCGUCUUCCUAUCAGCUGUCCUUUGACCCUGGGGCAUUCUUUUCUGGUCAGACCUUACAGAUAAACACUGGGAGUUAGACCCAGUUCUGCCUGACAGCCACAAACCAUAGCCUUUUCCUAGCCAGGGCCUAUCUGUGCGCUUUCUGUCUCCCCCAGUUGAGCGUCAAAGUGACCCUGAUUUGUAGAAAAAGUAACUGUAGGAAGGGGGAAAGCCAGGUUCCUCUUGCGUGGGCAUCUGCUGCUUUUGCUGCCCAGCAUCCAUUUGCUUCUCUCUGGGAAACUUCACCCACUCCCCCUUCUAGAGGAGCCACCCUUGGACACACACACACCCCACACAAACAUUUUUAGCCUGAUUCCACGAGUGGGCUCUAAUUGGCUCAAGGAGAUCAGCAUAUCCCAACCCCUGGUCACAGUGGUGGACUGGGAAUGAGCCAGUAGAGAACAAAUCCCAGAUGAUUUACUCAUUAGAGACUUCUCCUUUCCUGCUUGGUGUAGUGGGAGAGGUGGGAAGGGAGUGCUUUGUGCUGCAGCAGUAUGGCUGCCAGGAAGGGAGAGCUUAGAGUGGUGUAUGCAUGGGUGUGGCACUCAGUGAGGGUAAGAAUGAGUCCAACCUCAAUGACAUAACAGGCAGAUCAUAAACAGGAGAUCUAGUCCUUGGGAAUAUUAUUCAACUCUCACCUGAAGUUAAUGCUCCUUCUGGACUUCUCAUUUACCUGAGAAUGGAACUAUAAAUAGGGCAGGUGCUGGUCUUACCAUGGAAAAGAGUCAGAAGAAAAGUGAUCUCAGCAUUAGAAUUAGACAAACCAGUAAUUUAUGAAGCAUCUACCAAAGGCCAGAACUGCCCUAGAUGUUUUCACAUAUAUUGUCUCAUUUUACCCACCCAACUAACAAGUGAGAAGAUGGAGGCAAUGAUAAUAGUGAUGAACAGCUUCAAGUACUGCUUGAGUGAACUUAAAAUUAACUCUUAUCCUCAGCCCUAAGAGCUGGGAACCAGCAAGCCCUCUACAGACCACCCUUCUGGACCCGGCACCCCCACGGCCUCACACCUGUAUGUGUCUCCAAGUGCAUUUGCACCUGCAGCCCCAGAGAGGCACUGACUGGACUGGAAGACGACGUCUGAUGGGUGUGUCGGGCAGGAGGUGAUAUUUGAGGGCUGCAGGGCGCUCGGCUGCAGCGGAGCCGCGGGUGCCUGGCAGGGGUGAGAGCAUGGCAGCCCGGGACCCGCCACCGGCCACCAGCCACGCCCCGCCAGAGGUGCCCUCCGGGGUCUCCCUCUUCCUUACGGUCCCCUACGCUUUCAUCCUGCCGGAGGUGGUAUGUGGGUUCUGGGUCUGGAUCCUGGUAGCCUCUACCCAGGUACAAUACCCGUUGCUGCAAGGAUGGGUGAUGUACGUCUCACUCACCUCCUUUCUCAUCUCGCUGGUGUUCCUGCUGUCUUACUUGUUGGGAUUUUACAAAAGAUUUGAUUCCUGGACUAUCCUGGACAGCCUGUACCAUGGGACCACCAGCAUCCUCUACAUGAGCGCAUCUGUCUUACAGGCACAUGCCACCAUCAUCUCUGAGACACCGGCAACGGUGGAGAAGUACUACCUAAACACAGCAGCCACGUUGUUUGCCUUUAUCACCACCCUGCUCUACAUCCUCCACUCCUUCAGCAACUACUACCACUGAAGAACCAGGGAACUGUGCCCAAAGGAGAAACUCUCUUUUAUGACCUGGAUUACUGGCCCCCCCAAAGCAGCUUUCAACGUUGGCCAUCUGGAUGAUAAAUAGAUCAACAAAAUCAUCCAUGGAAUAAACCAUCUUUUCAGAUUGAGGGAUGACAUCACAUUCUGGCACAUCUGUUUAGAUUUUUCAGAUCAUUCUAAAGAAUAUGAAAAAUCAGUUGUUUCCUUUUUGCCUGGGAAAGUAACUCUCUCGUGGACCAAGAACCCCGCUCUUCUAGAAAGUAAUAUUCGAGAUCCUCACCAUUGAGACUCUCAGAUCUAGCACUGUCACACCUGUUUGGGGAUUCUGCCUCAGGAAUGAGGUUCCCCUUAUCAGGUUUAUAGGAACAUUCAGCCUCCUUAUUUUCUUACAACUAAAAUGGUGCUGUUAACACAUUCUCAUCCAAAGAUGAUGCAGCUCCGCUCCCUGUUCUGUGGCCCUGCCUGUGCUCUGAGCAGUGGUCCCCACCAGCUCCCCACCCCUGGGGGGCAGCCAGGGGCCGGCCACAUUGCCCACCCCUCCUUCCAUUUCCCCUUCCAUUUCCUUCCCAACUUUUGGACACAAGGGAAAUUGGCAUAAAAUCAACGUUGCAGGUGGAUUUCUGAGGAAAACAAGUGAAUGACUCUACAAAGUUGUUACACAGUACAGUAAGAGCUGGGGGGUGGACAA